AUGGUUAAAUUAUUCAAACCAAAGCUGAUGAGCAAUGGAGAGCAUUAUAGACACAGUUGGUUUCCGUGGUUGACAUGUGGCUUAGUUUUCCUACUAGUACUUAUAAGACAAGUUCACCUUUCUGCAAUAUAUCCCACUAAUACAUCAAAAUAUGAAGCAGCAGACAACCCCCACAAUUAUGAAACAUUUACGGCGGUGCCUGAAGUCACAAAAAGUUCAUCAUCAUCGCCGUCGACGGCGUCAUCGUCCACAAGAGGGGAAGCUUUUACUACCAUAUCCCCUUCACCAUCUACACGUUCAUCAAUAUCAAGUACAUCUUAUGCCAAUACAACAGAGUCAUAUUGGGAAGAGUUACCCACAGUCGAAGUGGAAUUCACCACAGAACUCACAUUUACUGAAACGGUAACAGAAAUCGUAGUUGAGGAGGACGAAAGCUAUGAUAUACGAACUCAAGCACCGUCUUCAGGCGGGUUAAUACAGUAUGCAGCUAGCAGUAAUGUAUCACAUACUCAGGGUGUAGAUAAAGGCAGGACUUUAAGAAAUGGUAGUGGGUUAGAUACGGAGAAUGACUCCAACACUGAAUCACGGAGGCUAUCCAUUCCAAAGGAUAGCCCAGAGACGUUGAUUGCACUCACUGAGGCGGCGUGGAGGCGGUUAGGGUUCACCAGGAAGGCCAUGGAUUCACCUCUAGGCGAGUUCUUCAAAUACUAUAGUGUAUUCCCAUACGCAGAUGAGCAGGGAUUCGAGAGAACAUGGAUGAUUCGCGGCGACCCAGGUCCAAGAGGUCAUGCGGGGAGGAGAGGGCCAAUGGGUAGCAUGGGAUUCUGGGGAAACAGGGGACCUCCGGGUGAAAAGGGGAGACAGGGUGCACCGGGACCUGAAGGGGAUCCAGGAAGGAGGGGAUAUAGGGGCGAAGUGGGUCUACCUGGUCAGAAUGGUAACAUUGGUCCUCAGGGAUUUCCAGGCAUAAAGGGUGAGAGGGGACAUCCAGGAAUACAUGGCUACAGCCCAAAAGAAGGACCCAAAGGUCAUGCAGGUCUCACCGGCCCACCUGGUCUGCCUGGUCCACCAGGGGAAAAGGGUAACAUCGGGCCAAAAGGCGGUCGAGGGGAAAAGGGUGGUCCGGGAUUACGAGGUCAAACAGGCCCUCCAGGACCCCAAGGUGUUGAAGGAAUACAGGGUAUUCCGGGAGUCAAGGGAUCCAUAGGUCCUAGAGGACUGCCGGGAGACAAGGGAUCAGCUGGACCACUUGGGCCACCUGGUGAGAUUGGAAGUGAUGGAUUGAUGGGACCAGCAGGUUUACCUGGACAACGAGGCUUUCAGGGUUAUCCUGGAAGUCGAGGAUCGCCAGGUAAACUCGGACUUGAUGGCCAGCCGGGUAUGAACGGCCUUCCGGGUAUUGUAGGAACACAAGGUGAAGAUGGUGCCCCAGGUCAUAAGGGAGAGAGAGGUCCAAUGGGCCACCAAGGACCUAAGGGACAACCCGGUGACUAUGGACUACAGGGGUCAAAAGGUGAAAAGGGCAGUCGUGGCAGAAGGGGAUCCCAGGGGGACAAAGGAGAUCGUGGACCACCGGGUGACCUUGGAAGGCCAGGAGCUGUUGGAGAAACUGGAGAUGAUGGAGUAGCCGGAGAAGAUGGUGAUGAUGGAACACCAGGACGAAAGGGUGAUCAUGGACCAAGGGGACUUAUCGGAGAAGCCGGUGUGAAGGGUCCCCCUGGUCCACCAGGAUCAAAGGGUCCUCGUGGUUCAAAUGGACCAAGGGGUGAAAUGGGACCAAAAGGGCAAACGGGAGACCAAGGGCGACCUGGUGGCCAAGGUCAUAGAGGAAGUCAGGGUCCAAAAGGCAAAGAUGGUAGACGAGGAAGGAAAGGGAUGGAAGGCGACCAGGGACGGAAAGGAGAGCAAGGGAUUCCUGGAUUACCCGGAGUUAAGGGUGCUGUUGGUCCGCCAGGGAGAGUUGGAACUACUGGUCCGGUCGGCCCUGCCGGAGACAGUGGUAAACCUGGCAGAAAUGGUCCUCCAGGACUGAAAGGACAUCAGGGAUUUGAUGGUGCUCCAGGCCCACCGGGUCAACCAGGACCAAUGGGACCAAUGGGUCACCAAGGACAGAAAGGAAGACCAGGACAAAGUGGGGAUCCAGGUCCAGUGGGUAUCCAAGGGCAUAGAGGUGACAAUGGACCAACUGGACAACCAGGAAGAAAGGGUUCAACGGGUGAACCAGGACUCUUAGGACCUAUGGGUGAACAGGGCACACGUGGACAGAAAGGGACAAGAGGAGAGAAAGGAUCAAUUGGAAGGCGUGGGAAUGAUGGGCCACUUGGUGAGCCAGGACCUGCAGGAUCUGAGGGCCUCGAUGGACCACCAGGCCAACCAGGAAUUCAGGGAAAAAUAGGAUUGAUGGGACUUCCAGGGAUACCAGGUUAUAUCGGUCCACAAGGAACAAAAGGUGAAAAGGGUGAAAGAGGAGCAAGUGGAUCAAAUGGACGAGAUGGUGAUAGAGGAGAUAGGGGAACAAGAGGCCAACAAGGAGGCAUGGGAAAACAAGGAUCUAAAGGAAAUAAGGGAUUACCUGGUAUCCAAGGUGUACAAGGAGAAAGAGGAGACUCCGGUGAUACUGGACCGAUAGGAAGCUAUGGUGUCACUGGAGAGAAAGGUCUCCCAGGAUUCAAGGGAGAAUCAGGAAGACCCGGUAGACCAGGACAUAACGGAUAUCCAGGUGGCAAGGGAGCACCGGGCGAGAGAGGGCGGAAAGGUGAUCCCGGAAAUCGAGGGAACCAUGGACCAACUGGUCGGCCAGGAAUCAAUGGAGAAAGGGGUGACAGCGGUCCUGCAGGGGAACGUGGCCCACCGGGAAUUCAAGGCACACCAGGGGAAACAGGAACUGCGGGUUUCCAAGGGAAACAAGGAAUCAAAGGUGAAGAAGGACAACAAGGGCCUACGGGAGCGAUGGGUGAAGGUGGUUCUGCUGGAACAAGUGGAUACGUUGGUGCUCAGGGCCCAGCAGGUGGCUCCGGAGAGCCAGGUUCUGCUGGAGAUAAUGGAGAAAAUGGUGAAGAUGGCUUAUCUGGCCCUCAGGGACCUAUUGGGCUUCCAGGUAAACUGGGCCAUCUUGGGCUGCUUGGACCUAAAGGACCACUUGGACAGCAAGGACCACAGGGACCAGUGGGUGAACCAGGUACUCGCGGGGAGGAUGGUAUACCAGGACCUAGGGGAAAACAGGGAACCAAAGGACAUCAAGGCUCUAAUGGAUGGCAAGGAGAUGCGGGCAGUCCUGGUCCACAAGGCAUGCCUGGUAUGGACGCACUGAAAGGAGAAAAGGGUACACCCGGUUUAGAAGGUGCGAAAGGAAGCCAAGGAUACACCGGAAGAAAUGGUGAGAGAGGACCCCGCGGCCCACCCGGAGAAACUGGUGAAACAGGGAAUUCGGGUCCACGUGGUUUUACUGGACAAAUAGGAUUAACAGGAACCAGCGGCAAACAGGGUGCAGUAGGUCCAUCAGGACCUAAGGGACCACUAGGAAACAUCGGUGAUCAGGGUAAUAAUGGUGAACCAGGAAUCGCAGGACUCCAGGGCUUCAAAGGUGUACCGGGAUAUCGUGGCGACAUUGGUGACUUUGGUUUCAGGGGAUUGAAAGGACGUGUUGGAGAUGCGGGUACUGCUGGUGAAAGGGGCCCAGCUGGAUUCCCAGGCCUAGAAGGAAUUCUUGGUCAGUUUGGUAUUCAGGGUCCGAGAGGAGAUAUAGGACAAAAGGGCAUACUGGGUGAUACCGGAUAUCCUGGCCCACCGGGUCCUCCUGGUAGCUAUGCGGGUGAAUUUGUAAAUGAUGCCGAUGCUCUAGCCUCUCUAUUACAUUACUUCUUUGUUUUACCAAGACCAAAACACAUAGGGGACGUGGAUGUAUUUUAUAUGAUGAAGUAUUUAUACCGCUAUAUUGAGGGCAUGAAGCACCCAUUAGGUACCCAAGAUCUACCUGUAAGGACCUGUCGAGAUUUAUUGGAUUGCCAACCAGACAUGGAUGAUGGUGAAUAUUGGAUUGAUCCUGAUUUGGGUUGCUGUACGGAUGCUGUGAAAGUUUAUUGUGGACUUGCUGCUGGCGGAUACACAUGUCUGUUAUCACGUGACACAAGUACAUUGGAUUAUGACAUCAGCAAGCCUCAACUCAACUUCCUACAUCUCCUGAGUUCUACAGCAUUCCAGGAAAUUACCAUACAUUGCAGGAACGUACCGGUCUGGAGAAAUCGAAGGGGCACUUACGAGAACGCUUUGACUUUCCGUGGUUGGAAUGGAGCUUAUUUUUCAUACGAUGGCCAAAGACCAGAGAUUCUGGAAGACAAUUGUCAGCGUGAAGAUUCAAAAUGGCGGACCACUCGUUUUGUAUUUCGUGUACAUAACGUCCAUAAGUUACCCAUUGUUGACAUCAUUACUGACCCAGAUGUUCACAGGAUAUCGGAAAAUCAUGGUUUUAAGAUAGAAAUCGGACACACAUGUUUUGACUGAAUAUGAUUAUGUAGAAACGAUUGUUUUCCACUUUUUUCUAGAAAAUUGUAAUAUUUACAUUUUUCGGAGAAAAAAAAGUAAAACAAAAUGUUUGCAUAUUUCUCAAACUACUUAAGAUAUGGGAACUUGUUGGUGUUCACGUGGGUGAGGUUUACCUUUUAUCACGUGAUAUAUAUCUUUCAGUAUUUUAAGAUCAUUAGACAAGCUGGAAAAAAUUGUGGUAUUAUAAGGAAUGGUGAAAUGGAUAUGGCAUGAAAAUUGAUGCUUUUUAACAUUCCAAUUAGAAAGGAUAUAUGGUCAUGCCUUGAACAAAAUCUUUAAUGUUUCUUUAUUUUCUAGUGGCAUGUUUGGAUUCCUAAGCCCUUUUUAUGGUGUGUCAUUAUUUCAGUUGCAGUUUUGUGAUGAUUUUUUAAAAAGAAUUAGGGGACUUUGAAUAUAGUGACAUUCAUUCUAUAGAUUUCCUUACUAGCAUUAAUGUUUUUGUUGCGAUAAAAAAAACAAAAUAUAAAAUUCAAUGGUCAAUUUUCAGAAUUUCCUUAUCUUAUGCUGUGUAGGCCUAUUUCUAGUCUUUGAGGUAAAUUUUCUUAAAUUAUUUCAAGUUUGAAAUCAAUCGUAAGUUACAGUGGCAUGUUUUCUCAUGCCAAGUAUGUGUUUCCUAGGGAUUUUGUAUUCAAUUUAUGAAAUCCUUUUUAUCUGUUGUAAAAUAAAAAUUUCUUGGUGCUAUUUCAUCAUGUCAAAUUGUACAAUAUGAUGUCGAAUUGGUGCUCUUGUUUGAGAAGUGAUGUGUAAUUGUGAUUGUGGUGCUAUAUAUAUUUUCGUAAAUGUCACAUGGUGUUUUAAUAGUUGUUUUAGUCUUGUGCUGAUGAUCAGGCCAUCACUGCGUAAAGUAUUUUUUUCUACGCUUGUUGAAUGCACUGCUGUAUAGGAAAACUGUGCUGUGAAUAUAACUUAGUAGAUUUUUGUUUUUUAUUAUUGAAUUAUAUUCUGCCAGAGACUUUAGAUCUAGAAUUGACCAUGAUCAAAUAGAUUGUAUCACAUUGACGAUGGCUGGCAUUUCUACGCAAUGUACUUUAUAAAGCACAGUUGGUCUAUAGAAAUCUCCCCCCAAAAGCUUGCAUUUUGUACAUUUUGAAAUUAUGAAAGUUGUAUUUAUGUCUCUGUUUCUAUUUUGAGCACAAAAGAUGAAGAUUCGUUCGCAAAGCAAAUUGAAGGCGUAAUUACAAUGUAGUAAAAUCCAAACUCAUUUAUUUUAUCAAAAUAAGAGCUGCUUUUUUAGUAAUCAAUUUUGAACUUUAAAUUUGUAAAUUGGUAGAUAUAUCUUGGCUUUAGCUAUCUGAUGGUUUAUUGUAUUAUUGACACAGGGUACGUGCUGAAACAGUUGUACAUGUAUCUAUUUAGUGUGCUUAUUAGGUACUUAUUGCUAUUUUAGGUGAAUAAUAAAUAUGCGCAUAUCUUAGAGUAUUAAGCCAUAGAAUGAUGCUAGGUAGAUUCACACCGUAGGUAUAGAGUCAUGUAGCUUUUUGGACUUUUUAUAUGAUGUACAGAUUUUAAUAUCUUUUCUGAUUUUUUGUUGUUGUUUUUGUAAAGGCAGUUGUUGUACUAUUCAUUGUAAGUGAAGAGUUUGGGUAUACAUUCUUUUUAACUUUGUACGUAUCAGUUGUAAAUGUUCUAAAUUAUGCAAGAAAAACGUGGUAAAACUUUAUUUUCCUCAAUGUGUAUAUUUCAACGAAGUUGAUGUAAUUGAAAAAACGCCUAUAAGAUCCCUCUUCGCUUUGUUAAUUUAUCUUCAUAUGUGAUAUACAGUUAACAUAUAUAUCAUGCCACACGGACCCGUGUCUUAAAGGUAUGAAACAUAUAUAAAUAAGCCUGAUUUUUUUUAAAGGUUACUUCUAAAAGAAUUCAAAGGCCUGAUCAAAUAAAUAGAUGACCUUUCGAGUUUGAAGAAAUGAAAGGUAUGGGUGGUAAUUUUGUUAACUGUGUGCCGGGUGUAGAAUUAAGUCAUAAUGUAAUUAAAGUGGACCUGAACAAUUCAAAUUGAUUGAAAAGAGUAUAUGACCAUUUUGUUGUGGGGAUAUCUUUAAAGCUAGUUUGGAAAAGAAUUUCUCUACCUCAUUAAAAUGACAGAAAAUUGCUGCAUAUAUACUAUACAUACCAAUUCUGUUUAUAUUUAGAAUUGUGUUAUCCUUUUAGAUCCCUAAUCUUGUGUAAAAUAUUUUAUGAUUACUAAUCUUUUCUUGGAAAUUUUAAAUUUACUUUUUUUCUGAUGACAUUUUCUGUAGAGCUUUAUGUCAUCUGAAAGCUCCUUUUUAGGGAGCAUUUUUUGUGUUAAAUGAUUAUAAAAUUUCAUUGUAGAUAUACGUCCAUGGAAAAUAACAAAACUGUCUCUUCUCCAACAUAAAUUUAUUUUUGCGAAACAUAAUUUGUGGUUCAAUAUGUUGCAGGGGGCAGGCAUGUGCAAAAACAUCUUUUUUUCUAAAACUAACAUUUAUCUGAAAUGACUCCACAUGGGAAUAAUAUAUGAAAGAACGAUUCAUGCAUCUAUUCUAACAUUGAGAUCAUCUGAAGUAGCUGAAAGAGGGGUUUUCUUCUGGUAGAGUAUGUCUUCAUUAGGUCGGUUUGGGAAGGAGGAUAGUGUUUGUAUUACAAUGUGUCAUGUUCCGGUUUUAUUUGUUGAUGAAUAGAACAAAUUAAGUGAUUCUCAGAAA